UAAAUUUCAUUUACUAAAUUACCAUUCGAGAGCUGGCUGGAAAUCCCCCAACUCUGUAAACAACGACGAACAUAAAUCACAACAAGAAGAAGAACCCGUUCGAUCAAAAUCGCGUUUGAAGAUGGUUUGCGUGGCGUGUCUCUUACCACUUUUCCUCGUCCCAAUAGUCAAUUUUUUGCCCCUUCUCUUCUACUACAUCGUGGGAAAAAUUUAUAGGCUUCUCGGGUGGGAGUACAGAAAGCCAGAAAUAGCUCCUCCGGCAUGCCCUUACAAGCCUAUAGCUAAACAGGACAGCAAAGUAAAUGAAAAAGCUGAACUUGCGCAACCAGACUCUGUUCCCGAAUUUGUUGGAGCUGUAGGUUUGAAGCAAGAAUGACCCUCGACUUUUCUGGCGUUGUAGGCAUGAACCUUACAUAUGUAUAAGCUUAAGGCUCUCUCUCACUCUCUCGCUAUUUUCUUUUUAUUCAAAAAACAUCUUCCUUCGUCAGCUGGGGUGACACAGAUAUGAUGCAGUAAAAUAUGUAGUUGGUUUCAACCACGUCCUUAAAAAUCUAGUUGGAAGCUUUCUUUUUUGAACACCUUUACUUCCGUCAAAAGUACAUUGGCAAUUGUUGUCCUCAGUUGAUUAUACAAUGAGAAAUGGUGAAGUACUCAUAAACC